UUCAAUUUAGUUCUCCAUAAAAAUUAAAUGGCGACUCAAGAAAGUUCAUCGAGAAAGAAGAAAUUUCUUCUAGUUAUAAAUUGUAUAAUUCUAGCUAUAGGAAAUUGUGGUGGCCCUUUGAUCACCCGUCUUUAUUUUCUCAAAGGAGGUGAAAGAAUUUGGCUAUCAAGUUGGUUAGAAACAGUUGGUUGGCCAAUUGUUCUCAUCCCUCUAUCCUUCUCCUACUUCAACCGUCGUCGUGAAUUCCAAGGCAAAAUGUUAUCAACUAUUGAUAACAAUAACAGUAAUACAAAACUCAUUUUGAUGACUCCUAGGAUCUUUGUAGCGAGCAUCGGGAUCGGAGUCCUGACUGGAUUCGAUAAUUACCUCUACGCUUAUGGCGUGGCUAAAUUACCUGUCUCCACGUCAGCUCUUCUCAUAGCUUCUCAACUUGCUUUCACUGCAGCCUUUGCUUUCCUCCUUGUGAAGCAAAAGUUCACGUCCUACUCCAUCAACUCAAUUUUUCUACUGACACUUGGCGCGGUGGUAUUGGCCCUCCACGCGAACGGUGACCGACCGAACGGGGAGUCUAAGAAGGAGUAUGUUCUAGGGUUUAUCAUGACACUUGGAGCUGCAGCUUUGUAUGGACUUAUUUUGCCUUUGUUUGAGUUGAUGUACAAAAAGGCAAAACAAGGUAUCACUUACACACUUGUUAUGGAGAUUCAGGCUGUUUAUUGCCUUUCUUCUACAGUGGUUUGCACAAUUGGGAUGAUAAUAAACAAGGACUUUCAGGCAAUGUCAAGGGAGGCAAAAUCAUUUGAACUUGGAGAAGCUAGAUAUUAUAUUGUUAUAAUAUGGUCAGCAAUACUUUGGCAAUGUUUUUUCUUAGGUGCCAUUGGAGUUAUCUAUUCUUCAUCAUCAUUGGUGUCUGGCAUUUUAAUUACUGUUUUACUUCCUAUUACUGAAAUAUUAGGUGUUGUUUUUUAUGGAGAAAAAUUUACACCAGAAAAAGGUGUUUCUCUUGUACUUUCUAUAUGGGGUUUUAUUUCUUACCUAUAUGGUGAUAUUAAAGCUAGCAAGAAGAAGAAAGAAUAUCAAUCUCAAGAACAAGAGAUGAUUGAUAAAAUUACUUGUACUCCAUGAUUAAGAAUAUUAAUCAUUUAUAUAA